AAUUGGCCGCAAUUGUAUGUAAACAUUCUCCGCCUGGUCUCACUAUAAUCUAAGGCAUUUGUUUUGGUUACUCCACAUUGUUAUUAACAACAAAUAACAAUCACAUGGAUAUUCUGAAAGCUGAAAUAGCGCGAAAGCGCAAGCUGCUGGAGCAAAAGCAGCUGGUGGACGAAAAGAAGAAGUACUUCAGACGCGGUGACCUGAACGCCAAGAACACAGAGGAAGUGCUGCAGAAAGUGGGCUACAUAAAGCAGGAGUCCGUCGAGGCACAAGGACAAACGACGGAGGGCGCGUACAGUUUUGUGGCCGAUGGCCAGAACAUAUUGCCGCGCACGGAGGUCAUUCGGAGGCUAAGGGAACGCGGCGAACCCAUCCUUAUAUUUGGCGAAACGGAGCCCGAGGCAUUUGACCGAUUGCGACAAUGCGAGAUUUCGCAGCCAGAGGCCAAUCGCGGUUUCCGCAACGAUUUCCAGGAGGCCAUGGAGCAGGUGGACGCCGCCUACCUGCAGGAGAUGUUCGCCAACACACCCACCACCAAGGAAGACAAGAAGUCGGACUUCGCUGAGCUCGACGAGUCCGUGUCGUGGGAGAGCAUACAGAAAAUGGCUGAAAAUAUGGGCCGCAACAAGGACUAUGACAUGGAUGUGAUCAUCACGCUGCUCACCUUCCUGCUCAAGCUGUGGAACGACCAGAUUGCCAACUACAGCAAGCACGAAAAGAUGUCCACAAAGGUGAAAAUGACCCGCGUCAUCUACACGCAGACAAAGGAGUACGUGAAGCCGCUGUUUCGCAAGCUGAAGCAUCACACCCUGCCAGAGGACAUUCUGGACAGUCUGCGAGACAUCUGCAAGCACCUGCUUAACCGCAACUACAUCACAGCCAGCGAUGCCUACCUAGAAAUGGCCAUCGGAAACGCGCCUUGGCCCAUUGGUGUCACUAUGGUGGGUAUCCACGCUCGUACGGGUCGCGAAAAGAUUUUCUCCAAAAACGUAGCUCAUGUAAUGAACGAUGAAACACAGCGGAAGUACAUCCAGGGUCUCAAACGACUGAUGACCAAGUGCCAGGAGUACUUUCCCACCGAUCCCUCCAAGUGCGUGGAGUACGUCAGCAAGAAGGAUCGCGAAUAAACUUGAGCUUUGUGUUAGUCAUUAUUGUAAUACCAA